AAAAAAUGGACAUCUCACAUCUCACAAUUUGCUGUAGCCAUCAUCCAGCGUGUGCUCUCAGCCUCGGUGACGGUUGACCAGGAGGUCGUCUCUUCGAUUGGCAAAGGCGUCCUGGUCUUUGCCGCCGUGGCGCCAGGUGAUACGGACAAGGAGAUCACCACCAUCGCCAAUAAAGUCUUGAAAAUGAAACUAUGGGAUGACGAGGCUGGCGGCAAGUGGAAAAAGAAUGUAAUGGACAUCGAGGGCGAGGUUCUCUGCGUUUCACAAUUCACUCUCCUGGCCAAAACCAAGAAGGGCACCAAGCCCGACUUCCACGGCGCAAUGGGCCCCGACGAAGCCAUCCCGCUGUACCACUCUCUGGUUCAGAAAAUAGGGGCCGGGUACAGCCCCGAACGAGUCAAAGACGGCAAGUUCCAAGCUAUGAUGCAGGUGGCAUUGGUCAACGAUGGUCCGGUAUGUAAAACUUGCGCCCUAUCGCCGCUUCGAGGCUCGGCCCGUCUUGAAGCGAUCGGAUCGAGUUGGCUGACAUUUACCGUUGGGGCCCUCUGGCUAGGUUACGCUCGAGCUCCAAGCUGGGGGGAAAGCCCCGGAGGAGUGAGUCUGGAGUCUGGACUGGGAAGGCAAACAGAUAGAUCACAAACU